AUGAUCAAGGCAUCCAUCCCCGUCAAUUCCACCCCGUAUGCCAGUGAGGAUGGUGAGAAGUGGCGCGCGUGGAAGAUUGUGCCCGCGCAAGUUGUGUUUGCGUUGAAGAUACAGGGAAAGCGCGCGCAGUUGGCAGCACCCGCGCCGUCGGCGCCAGUGCAGGUAGUCCACGCGCCCAACGAGUUCACUGGCAUGGCUGAAGCAGUCAAACAGUUCGCAGAACUGCAGUCUCAGGUGUUGCAGAAGGGGAAACCCAAGCGGUUGAGUUUCAAACUGCAGGAUCGCAAACUAGAGCUGGGAUUGCAGAACUUCUCCACCGACACGCUCCCGUCAGAAGAAGUCCUCGCCAAAUUCGAAGCUGCAGCGAAAGUGGCGCACGACAAGGGUCGGACGUGGAUCGGAUCGGCUGAAGGCGAAGAUCUUCGCGAUCAUCACCGGCCCGCGUGGAGCCGCACUCCGGCGAUCGACGCUGUCGUCGGAGAUGGCUCUUACGAGGAUCGGGUCAAGCAGAGCGCGGCCGCCAAAAGGAGCGGCGCGUGGGUGAAAAAGGUUGAUUACAUCGGUUUCGCCACCUUCAUGGGGCACCUGCACGAGUGGGGCUUCAAG